AUGCCGCAACCCGUGGCCUCCACGCAAGAAUAUUGGCUUCCGGGGUAUGGCCUCUCACGCCAUAUCGUGCUCAGGCAAUUGCAGUACUUCUUAGGACCCUCUGCCACAGUGAGGCCCUACUCGUACCAUGGUCGAGAAGGCUAUUUGAUCAACGGAACUCCUUUGACAAAGGAGCAGAUUGAAGACCUGAGGCGACAGUCUCGUGAAUACGAAAGGCAGCAGACGAUACGAAUGUCCAGCAAAGCCAUUGCAGCUUCCGACGCCGCCGAGCCUGACAUUAAUGAGCUCGUGGUUGUCACUGUGGGCCGCCGUCAGAACUCAGGUCAUGAUUCCAAGUCAUACUCGCCAUAUCAACGGCAACGUAGCCGAUGA